GAGGAGCUUCUGGGCGACUAGAAAUGUCAAUCAGAGCAAAAGGCGUCCCAAUAAUCUAAAGCAAUCUGUAAGGACCUGACCUUCGUCCAUUCAGAUCAAUAGGGAAGCGAGGGAGGGAAGCGACCGGCGGAUCGUUUACGCGCGUCCCGUUUUCGGAGGAAAUAUAGACUUCCCUUACACUUUUGUACUCACUGUACACUGGAUAUCGCGGCGCGCAUCGAGAAAAGCGAUUUUGUUUGUGUGUGUGCGCGCGCGUGCGUGCGUGCGUGCCUGUCUGCGUGUAUUUUAGCAGACAGUUGUUGGGUUUUUUUUCUUCUCCGUCCCCCCUCCCCACCCCAACUACAAUGUCUUUCCCACAGUUGGGAUACCAGUACAUCCGACCGAUAUACCCUCAAGAAAGGCAAGGGAUCGGCAGCGCGCGCAGCGGGAGCGAGCUGAGUCCGUCAGGCACGCUCUCCAACGUUCUCUCCACCAUGUACGGAUCACCUUUCACCGCCGCACACACCUACGGAGCGUUCCUUCCUUAUUCAAACGACCUGUCCAUUUUCAGUCAGUUGGGAGCUCAGUAUGAGCUAAAAGACAGUCCAGGUGUCCAGCAUCCAGCGUUUGCCCAUCCUCACCCUGCAUUCUACCCGUACGGCCAGUACCAGUUUGGAGACCCGUCCAGACCCAAAAAUGCAACACGGGAGAGCACAAGCACGCUGAAGGCCUGGCUGAGCGAGCACCGCAAGAACCCGUACCCCACCAAGGGCGAGAAGAUCAUGCUAGCAAUCAUCACCAAGAUGACCCUCACCCAGGUGUCCACCUGGUUCGCCAACGCCCGGAGGAGACUGAAAAAGGAGAACAAGAUGACGUGGACGCCGCGCAACCGCACAGACGAAGAAGGCAACGUGUACGGCAGCGACCACGAGGGCGACGACGGCGACAAGCGCGACGACGAGGAAGAGAUCGACCUGGAGAACAUCGACACGGAACACAUCGAGAGCAAAGACGAGCUGGAUGAGCAGGACGAGCUUCACUCGGACUCCAAGCUGGACGCCAGCUGUGACUCGGAAGUCUCGGACGGCUAUGAGGAUUUACACGGGCCCGAGCCGAAGCUUUUAAAAGCAGUGGUCCAGGAGGGCAAAGACGCGCAUGGGGAUGAAGACGCUGAGCGGCCCGAUCACUUCCACCACCACCAUCAUCACCUCCAUCAUCACCAUCACCUUCCUCAUUCGUUAGACCUCAAAACUCAGCCUCCCAGCAGUGAUCAGAUCAAACUCAACCCGGUGUCCAACUCUCCUCCUGCUGAGAACAACGCAGCCCCAGUACAGAAACCUAAGAUCUGGUCUUUGGCUGAGACAGCCACGAGCCCGGACAAUCCCCGGAAAUCUCCACUCGUGAACGGGAGCUCAUCACAGGCCGUCCUGCCUCCACACAGACUCGUUUCAUGCCCAGUGGGCAAACUGCAGAACUGGACGAGCCGUGCGUUCUCUGCGCACCAGCUCGCGCUGCUCAACUCGAACCACUAUUUAGGACUGGCCAAUCAGGCUUCAGCCAACGGCCUCGCGCUCUACACCGGCAACAGGCACACGGAAGAGCGCAAUGUCAGCUCAGAGACUGCACACACAGGUACAUCUCAUCCCCCUCACUGAGCCUGGGCCACCAUUUCAAUACUCCUCGUGAACGUGGACAUUGUUUUCGUUUUUCCUAUCCAGUGUGUAUAUAUAUAUAUAUAUAUAUAUAUAUAUAUAUAUAUAUAUAUAUAUAUAUAUAUAUAUAUAUAUAUAUACAUUUUGUUGUUGUUGUUGCUCUACAAAACUCCAUGCUUUUAAAGAAUUUAAUUACACGGAAGGAGCAUGCGCAUUUAAGAGAGGGGGGAUAAAGCAUAAAAAAAAAAAACUUUAGGUUUUUUGGUAAGGCUAUUUUAAAAUCCUGCCCUCAUAAUCUACAUACAAUCAGGAAUCCAGACUAAUUAUAUUAUCGCAUUUUUUGGUUAUUUCAGAAAGAUCUAGUGCCUUGGAAGCAGAAAGUAAAAAAAAAAAAAGAAAGAAAAAAAAGAAAAAACAGUGCGUCAUUCUCACAAACUGUAUCUUGGCGAUUUCAUUUUCCAAUAUCAUCAUACGAACAUUUGAUUUACGCAAUUGUGUUUUUGGACACACGAGUCUCAUCCAGAUUUCCAGAUUUCUUUGUUUUUGUAUUGUUUUGCUUCGCUUUGUUUUUUUUUUGUUUUUUGUUUUACUCUUGUGUAGCUGAAUGUCCAAUGUCAAAUACCAUCUCAAACGCGUCGUUUGGCAAUAAUUCAAACAAAAUAGUCUACAAAAAAAACAACCCUUUUCCAAACAACCAGAUCUACUUUGCAACUUUCACUUUCUUGUUCUCAAAACCUUUUCUAACUUUUCCCCAUGUCUCUUAGGCCUCUUAAGACCAACCUGAAGCUGCCAUGUUAUUAUCCAACCCCCUUCCCCCCCACCAUUUCUUCAUACAGACUCUUUUAUAAAUUUCCAUUUGAACCUGUUGUAAGGAAUGAAAAAAAAAAAAAAAAAGAAUGACACACCCUGUGUACUUACAUUGUAAGCAUGUCCUUGUGUAUAAUUGCUAAUGCAAUGCUGUAAAAAAUUGUAGUCUGUGUGUUUUUUCUUUUCCUUCUUUUCUUUACUUUUGUUUUGUGAGGAUUUGAUGUUGCAAUGUUUUGUAUAUAUAACGAAAAGUAAGAAAAUGUACAUAAUUGUGAUCCAAAAUUGUACAAGAAAGUCUAUAUUUUGGCUAAUAAAUGAACUGCGGCAACUGAAAAUAUUGAA